AUGUACAUUCCGUUGUUAAAUUGUAUUCAAACUUUGUUCUCAUCAUCAUCAUCAUCCAAAGCAUCAUCAUCAUCAUCAUCAUCAUCAUCAUCAUCAUCAUCAUCAUCAUCAUCAUCAUCAUCAUCAUCAUCAUCAUUAUCAUCAUCAUCCAAAGCAUCAUCAUCAUCAUCAUCAUCAUCAUCAUCAUCAUCAUCAUUAUCAUCAUCAUCCAAAGCAUCAUCAUCCAAAACAUCAUCAUCAUCAUCAUCAUCAUCAUCCAAAGCAUCAUCAUCAUCAUCAUCAUCAGUAAGAAUAUAA